AUGGCAGCAGUAGACGAAGACGGCCAAAGUAUUUCACAUAAAGUCCCAAUGCGGACGGGAAUGUAUAAGAGGCAGCAAACGGGCGCAACAGAAGUUGGGGUGACAACCGAGGAAUGCGGACCUCGCCUUGAGUGGGUGGCGAGCAGCUGGAGAACCGGUGACAUACGAGGAAAGGAAGGAGGGGAACCAUGGGACGGGCAACUGGGAUUCGGGGAUGAAACAACAGCUAAUUUCCGUGUCCACCACAAAGAUGUAGGCUGGAUGUAUGACCGAGAGCUAAUGCAGUUGAGGAGGAGGAAAAAGCAAGCAAGCAAGCAUGAAGCAGGAAGCAGAAAGGGAAAAGAUGGAUCCUCUUUUUCGCAGAGUCUGGUUCCGGAUGCAUGGCAUCAUGGCAGCAUCAGCAUUUCUACCCUAACUUUUUCUACAUUUAUAAUUUGCCCGUCGGCUGUUCGGAUGUAG